GGUGCAAAGAAGUGUGAGAGAUCCGUAGGGAAGAGUUGGCUGGGGCCUGAACCAUAAAUCUGGGUAAAGUCGAAGGUGGGAGGAACCUGUUGUAAGUUGCACUCCACAGAAAGGAAAAAGAAAACGUUCCAUUCCAAAUAGUGAUGUAGGAUUGGCGUCCUCCCAAUGUGUCCUAGGCUUGAAGAGGGAAGAGCGAAUAACAGUAUCGGUUCUGAACUGCUGUGAAGUAACCUGUAAUGUCUACAGGAAUAAUCUCAUUCAGCGCGGUUGAAAACACCGACUUUGUAUUUUUUCCCGAUCUUGUAUACAUAGCUAACUUCUGCGUUUAGAUACCUUCACUGCUACACAAAUUGCGCAAUUGACGGGUGAAGAGGAAAGCAAUCCAGGCUCUAAAAGGAAAUUGCAACAUGCGGUUUGUCGAACGUUUCUGUCCAUGGAGAAGAAACGAAGCUGUCAGCGAGGCUGCUCGGAUAAGAAACGGAACAUUUUGCGUCGUUAAGAUUUGUUUAUUAACAAGCUACUGAUCCGUAACCUAAAAUCCGUUAUAUAGUCUGAUUCCGUUUUAACACGUUGCUUUCCAGAAAGAGUGGAUAUGGAGUCUGCCAAGUAAGAGAUAUGAGUGCGAGGCCAUUUGUUCUGCUCUCCUUGGCAUGGACUGUUGGAGUGAGUGCAGUAGGUGAAUUGGUACUCAAUGAAACUGUAGGUCAAGAAGUCUGUAAAGACUAUGAAGAGACAUUUGAUCGUGUCUUCACAGUCCCAAAAGAGGCUGCAUAUUUGAACUGCUCUUUGGUGAAUCAAUAUGUCUUUGAUUUUCUAAACACACCUUAUAAUAUAACAUGGUAUGACCUGAGACGUGGACUUGUGGUCACUGAAGAAGAGGAGGGUCGUCUAAUUAGGGGAACAUCACUUUUGUUUCUCAACAGCACCAUGGAACACCAAGGAUCUUACUUGUGUGUUGUCAGAACUCCUGAGAGUUGCUAUAAACAGGCCACUGUUGUGGUAGUGGACAAGGCUGAGGUCGGAGAGUGUGGCAGACCACGGACAGCACUUCAAAGGCUGCAAGAAGCUGUGAAUGACAACCUGGUCUGCCCUUUAAGUGAAUAUGCCAGUGCAGCAGACAGGUUCUCUAUCCAGUGGUACAAGGAUUGUGAGCUCCUACAGAAUAGUCGCAGGUUUAUGUUUAUGAAAGACAAACUUGUGCUUCUUGUCCGCAAUGUUUCUCGUGAUGAUGCUGGAUUUUAUACAUGCAGAAUGACGUUUGUCCUUGCUGGUGUCAUCAGUGAAGUUGCAGAGACCAUAGAGUGUGAAAUAAAUGGUGACUGGUUAUCAAGACCUCAGGUGAUUGAGCCAGCUAAAGAGCAUAUUAAAGUAGCUCUAGGCUCUCAGCUAAAGAAGCUUUGCCGUGUUUUUGUACCUGGCCAAAACACAGAGACCCACAGCACAAAGCCCUUCUGGUUCAUGAAUGGUAGUUCUGUCCCUGAAAACCCCUCAGAUCGCAUCCAGCAGACACCUAUAAUUGUACGGAGUGUGUCCAACGGUGUUUGGUCUGAGCGCAGCCUGUUGGUGUCUAAAGUACUGGAGGAUGAUUUCAACAAAAGCUUCACCUGCUGGACAGAAAACCACUAUGGAAUGUCCAUUGGCUACUUUACUCUCCAUCCCACAGAUCCAGAUCUGCGCUUGCCAGUUGGACUUUUUCUGGCCAUGACAGCCCUGCUUUUUAUUAUGGGAGUGCUUCUGUACAGAGAGCUUAAAGUGGAGCUUGUGUUAGCGUUCAGAACUGUGUUCCCCUUCUUUUAUGAAAGCACAGAUGGUGAUGGGAAGUUGUAUGAUGCAUAUGUUGUGUACCCACGGUUCCAGUGGGAUACCUCAAGUGAAAGAGUUGAGAUUUUUGCUCUGAAAACCUUGCCACAAGUUCUGGAGGAACACUAUGGGUACAGGCUUUUCAUCUUAAGCCGGGAUGGUCUGCCUGGACAAGCUGUAGCAAAUGUGGUUGAGCACACCAUGAGGUGCUGCCGUCGACUCUUGCUGCUCUACACAACAGCAUCACUGUGCCGUCCCGAGGGAAUGGUCUGGCUGGAGCAGCAGAUGGGUCUGCACCGAGUCCUAGUGGAUGGCUCGCUUACAGUGAUACUCCUGGAGAUGGAGGAGGUCAAGGACCCCUCAGGUCUCCCUGAGUCAGUGCGUCUGCUCCGGGAGAAACAGGGGGCUCUGCAGGCCUGGAAGAGGAAGAGCAUGAGGAGGUGGACAUGCUGGUUUAGAAAAACAGAGGAAGUCAGCGAGGCUGAAUUGGCUCUCACUUCAAGCCCUUUGCCUGCCCGCUUUUGGAGGAAGGUUCGCUACAACAUGCCAGUGAGGGGCAAGGCAAAGCCUCACUCGAGGAGAAAUAUGCUUCUGGCCCUGUGAAGCAAUGUUCAUGGUAGAUCUAAGUUCAAAAGGCCAAGAGGCAACAGGUAUGUGAACUCCAGAAUGGAGUGCACUCAAGGAUGGAGUGGAGGGCCACAGUGCACUUUAAACAGCAUAUCAAAACAGUAACUCACCUGGUAAACAGGUAGCACAAGGUAAUAGUAGUACCAAGGUCAUGGGUUUGAAUCCCAGGGAGCACCGUUGUAAAUAUACACAGGAUAAGAUGUCAAAUAUUUUGUGCCAAAGCAUUAGAGUUUCACAUAGGGCCCAGCCCACUCGCUUCAUUCGUAUGGCUUUUGUCAGUGUUUAAGUGUUAAUUAAGACUUCGACACCUCCAGAAGGCUCAACAGUGAAGUCUGACUUCCCAGACCCACCCACCCUCCAAGCUCACUUUUAAGCCAACCACAUACAAAAGGUCUGUAGACAUAAACCUACAUUGGCCUCCCUAGUGACUAAAGCCAUACCCAGGCCUACUGACACACUGUCAUACAUAAAUACAUGUAAGUCGUUGUGGAUAAAAGGCUGUUAAUAAAUAACAGUGAUGCCAACUGGUAACACUGUCACAUGAUCUACUGAUCACAGGCAUCCUGUCACAGUCCAUGAAACUGCUAUUCUUGCAACAUACUGUAAAGGCUUUUUGAUAUUUGUUGUUGUUUUUAUGGCUACACAAAAGAUUGGACUAUUUUUCAGCUUGGCUUGAGUGCAAAACAUCUGAAUAAGGAGACCAAAGAAAAUGUGCUGCUGGUAUAAUCCUUUUGUGAAACCUUCUUAGAAGGAAAAGGUGAAUUUGUAACAGUUAAAGCUACUUUGUUUACUUCUUUUAGUCAUUUUUUUUACUCAGUUUUGAACCAACUUUAAUUAUAAAGUUGGCUUAAACAGACUUCUUAUUUAGCCAAGACAAAGACUGUCUUGUUGAAAAAUUGGGUGGGUAUUUGUCCCUGUGAAGUCAUCUUUAUAUUUUAAGUCGUGAUGGUUCACAUUGGUGGACACUGAUUCUUCUGUGCUUUAGUAACCUCUGGUCCAAAAGGUUGAGUGUUAAAACUUCUGAAAUCAAAUAAAGACCAAAAUAAGUUUGGAAUAUUAACUUUGGACCAACUUGACUUUGGAAUCUUAAUUUUACAUUUCCCUGCCAGUACUUCUGACACCUACUUGUUCAUUUGAAAAAAUGUUUAUGGACUUUACUUUUUAUGCUGAAUUCAAAUCGUUUUAUAAAGUAUGAUUUUUAAGUGACAGAGCUAUUGGCUGCUACAUUAAGUAUACAUUACUUAUUCAUAAAUAAGUGUGUUAUUACACUUAAAAUAUGUACAAACGUACAUAUGUUUGCCUGUAUACGUUGGCCUCUUUCCUUGGUAGUGUCUACUAUAUAAUGUGAGUAUUCUGGAACAGAAAAAUAUGGGUGAUAAAGAGAUUCUGAAAACAUAUUUGGAUUCAGCAUGCAAAAAUACACAAGAAGCAGGUUUUUUGCAUGAAGCAAAAUCUUUUGACCAGUGUUAUGUGAAUAUUGGGAUUGUAUUCAGUAUGCAGAUUGUAAUUCAGUUUGUAUAAAAAAAAUUAUGUACACCUUUAUUGGCGAUACAAAUGAGAAGACAAAAGAAAUAAUGCCAAAAGUGGCCAAAUCAGCCUUGCUGCUCUGGACCAUUAGCUACUGGAUAGUUUACAAUCCGAGCAAGGCUUCAUUUUAGGAUGUUUGUCACUGACGUGGCUGUGACUGAGCGCUUAACUCCAGUUUUCUGUAUUUUGGUCUGAUUUUGUAAUCACACAAGUUAAUUGAACAGGUUGGCCACUUAGUUGUCACUCCUGAUAUGCACCUGGAAAUUAUUAUGCCCUGUGGAAGUCAUUGUUGAAAUAAUGUCUAAAUUUUCCUUUACCAGGAAAAUUAGCAUAUCAUUUCCAGUAUAAAAACAUUUAAUAGUUAAUAUUAAAAUACAGUACAAGUAUUAAAAUGUUGCAUUUUAAUGUUUGCUUAAGAUAAUAAGGCUCUUUAAAAAGAUUAUGUAAUUAUUGCCAGGAAGAUUAGAUUUUCAAGCAUUUAUUUUAAUCAGUUUAUAACAAUACCUUGUAGUAAACUGAUUAAUAUAUUGGCCAAUAUUUGUUGGCCUCAAAUUUAAGUUUGUUGACUAAACCAUUGUCCACUGUUAUAAUUAAAUACUCUCUGCCAAAGCAAA